AUGGUGGAUUCACAAAAUUCAUCUCAUUUCUCCGAUCCUGUUGGUACUGUCACUCAUGCAUGUAAUCCGUCUAAAGAUGUUUCUUCACCUUACUAUCUUCAUCACUCAGGGAAUCAUAGUUCGGUCAUUUUCACGCCUGAGCUCACAUUGGCUAAUUCUUGGAGAAGGUCCUUUCUGCUUGCGGUCUCAAUUAGGAAUAAGCAAGGUUUUCUUGAUGGAUCUAUACCGAAACCUAUACCAGAAGAUCCUCUUGAUCUCUCUUGGGUCCGAUGUAACAAUCUUCUUGUUGCGUGGUUGCUCAGGUCAGUUUCGCCUCCAAUUGCUUCUACUAUGUUCUACAUGGAGGAUGCAAAACAAAUUUGGGAGAAAUUGAAUCAGGGGUUUUUUCAUCAUGACGAUUCUAGAAUUUUUCAUCUUCAGCAGCUUUUGUGCACUGUUACUCAAGGCACCAUCUUCUUCCUGGAAGGUUUAGCAACAGGUGGCUGA